AUGUUUUCUUCUGAAUACUUUGGCUUUGAUGGAGUUGAAGAUCAAUUCAGUUGUUCUGAGAAAGUUUGGGAGAGAAUGGACGAAAUGAACGGUGGGAAACACUUGCAUUUUAAUGCAGAAGCAGAUCAGCGGGCUUCUGGCUUUGGUUUUUAUCAAAAGGAGUUGUCGUCAGAGGAAGGAUUCCUUCUCUCCAAGUAUCAACAACAAGAAAUGCAACAUGUAUCCUUGUCGGGUUAUGGGCUUGUUGAUGAUCUGCAGUUCCAUAUUGGGUCUCCACGGCUGCAAACAUGUUUAGAGGAAAUCUCAAAGCUUGGAGAAUCUUCAACUUUAAUUCCAUACAAUGAACCCAAGAAUCGAAACCAGCAACCAUUUUCUUUGCUGCUAAACAACUCUGAAAAUAGGUUCAAAGGGUUGAAUAAUGGUGACAGAAUAGUUGAGCAAAGUAAUGGCAUGCCAUGUACAAAGGUGGAAGACCGGAAAUUGUCAACCGAGGAAAUACUGAGGCUAGCUGGAGCCAAGUUCAUCCAGUCAUCUUCCCAAACAGCUGAUUGUCUUUCCACGCUUAGCCAUCCUUUUGAGUUUGCCUUCAAUGGCCUCUCCAAUGAAGAGAACGAUGACUCGGAGCUUGCAGAAUUCCUUUUUGCUUCUGCUGAGAAAGUAGGCUUUCAACAGUUCUGCCGUGCAAACAAGUUUCUCAACCAGUGUGAUCACUGGUCUUCCAAAACAGGGAGCCCUGUCCAGCGAGUGGUUUUCUAUUUUUCUAAAGCUCUUCGAGAGAAAAUUGAUCGAGAAACAGGAAGAAUCGCACCAAAAGGCUUGGGAAAAAGUCACUGUAUCGAUGUUGACCAGGUAAUAAUGAGUUCAAGCCCCCCGAUGCUUGCAAGUCAUGAAGAAAUUCCCUUCUCCCAGCUUGCACAAUUUGCAGGGAUUCAAGCCAUUGUAGAACACACGGCGGAUGCGAGGAUGAUUCAUGUAAUUGAUCUUGGCAUCCGUAAUGGGGUGCAAUGGACUAUCUUGAUGCAAGCUCUUGCAACUAGAUAUGAAUGCCCUCUGGAGCUUCUCAAGAUUACUGCUGUUGGAACUACUUCAAAACAUUUACUUGUGGAAACAGGUAAGAGGUUGGAAAGUUUUUCCCAGUCCUUGAACUUACCCUUUUCUUUCAAGGUGGUUAUGAUAUCAGACAUGGUAGAUCUCAGAGAAGAUCUUUUCGAGCUAGAUGCUAACGAAAGAGUUGCUGUUUACUCUGCGUACUUACUGAGGACCAUGAUUCCUAGGCCAAAUCAGCUGGAAUCUAUAAUGAAAGUGGUAAGAAGUAUCAAUCCAUGCAUUAUGGUUGUCACUGAAAUUGAAGCAAACCACAAUUCACCUGUUUUCGUGAGCCGUUUCGUUGAGGCUCUUUUCUUCUUCGGUGCAUACUUCGAUUGCCUAGAAACUUUUAUGAAACGGGAUGAUCCGAACAGAAUGGUCAUAGAAUCACUAUUCUUCGGUGAGGCAAUUAGGAAUAUAGUGGCGGCAGAGGGAGAGGAAAGGAGUACUAGAAAUGUAAAGAUCGAUGUCUGGAGAGCCUUUUUUGCUCGGUAUGGAAUGCUGGAGACAGAGUUGAGCAUGUCAUCUUUGUACCAAGCAAGGCUGGUGGUCAAGAAAUUUGAUUGUGAGAAUUCUUGCACGCUUGAUAUGAAUGGCAAAUGCAUGAUCAUAGUGUGGAAGGGUACGCCAAUUUGUUCUCUUUCUGCUUGGAAGUUCCUCUGACAAGAGCAGAAAGGAGGUGAAACAUCAAUGAUACAUGUCAUUGCUGACAACCCGGUUGUCUUCUUUUCUAUUUUA